AUGGCGGAAGGCGGCGCGGCGGUUAAACGUUACAAGAGAGUCAAGAAAACGGUUGUUGAAAUCAAUGUUAUGAACUCAUUUGUUCCUGUUCGUGAUGGCAUUGUUAUGGCUCUUAUGGAUCGUGACAUGGUUGUUCUAACUAGUGAUCAUGAUAUUGAUAUCAAUUGUCAAGGGGUUGCAGUGUUCAUUCCAGAUCAAGGUGUAGUGAAGAAUGUAACUGUCCUUGCAAGUAGAGCAGGCAUUGCAAUUCUCUUAUGUAGUAACCUCACUCCAGAUCAACAGCGUGAAUUAGUGGAGGUUGAGUUGUUUGAGGGUGAUCUUCAAGAAUUUCAAGAAGUUUAUACCUAUAGCCACCAGAACAAAUACCGUGUGUUAACUCCAGGGAAUAUCAUGUCACUCGAUGCUAUUGGUUUUGAUCAUUCCUGUUCAGCGCACAGUAUUACACACUAUGGGUCGCCGGUCUUUAAUGAAGAUGCCCAGCUAGUUGGAAUGUGUUUUAAUUUUUCAGAAUAUGUUAGUUCAUACAACAUAGCUGAAAUAGCAAGAAAAAUAGAUAACAACUUUGGAAGAGAAUACAAAAGUGUUCAACUCAGUUUGCAGAACUUGCGCCAUCAGAACUAG